AUGGGGGAUGGGGGGGGGGGGGGUGUCCGUGGGGUCAGCGACAGCCGCGACGGGCGAGUGACCCCGUGCCAUGUCCCCUGUCCCCUGCAGAUCGAGGAGAUCUUCAAGAAAGCCGGGCACCCCUUCAUGUGGACGGAGCACCUGGGCUACAUCCUGACCUGCCCCUCCAACCUGGGCACGGGGCUGCGCGGCGGGGUCCACGUGCGCCUGCCCAAGCUCAGCCAGCACCCCAAGUUCGAGGAGGUGCUCAAGCGCCUCCGCCUCCAGAAGCGCGGCACAGGUGGCGUGGACACGGCGGCCGUGGGCGCCGUCUUCGACAUCUCCAACGCCGACCGCCUGGGCUUCUCGGAGGUGGAGCAGGUGCAGAUGGUGGUGGACGGCGUCAAGCUCAUGGUGGAGAUGGAGAAGAAGCUGGAGCAGAACCAGUCCAUCGACGACAUGAUCCCGGCCCAGAAAUAGGCCCCCCCCCCCCCCCC